ACGGAAUCUCCUCUCCCUCCCUCUCUAGCCGAUCUUCCACCGUCCAUGCGAUAAAUCACUGGCCAUGGACGCUGAUGGGGCCGGAUCCGACGGUUCCUGUUACUAUUCCCUCCUCGGGACUCGGCGGAACGCCUCUUCCACCGAUAUCCGCACCGCCUAUCGCAAGCAAGCCCUGAAAUGGCAUCCGGACCGGUGGGCGAAGGACCCGACCGCGAUGGGGGAAGCGAAGCGGCGGUUCCAGCGGAUCCAGGAGGCCUACUCCGUUCUCUCCGACAGGGGCAAGCGCACCAUGUACGACGCUGGCCUCUACGACCCCCUCGAGGAGGACGACGAGGAUUUCACUGAUUUCAUGCAAGAAAUGCUGGCGAUGAUGGAUAGCGUGAAAACGGAGAAGCCGGAUAGCUUGGAGGACCUGCAGAAGAUGCUGGCGGACAUGGUGAACGGCGACGGCGGGGCCACCGGGUUCGGCGCGGCCCACCCCAACGACAUGCGCCGUGGACCGUCCGAUGGCUCGAGUAGGACGCGUGUCGCGCCGCGUACGGCGAUGCGGCGGUGAUCGUUCUUUGGGUCUCGUGGCUGACUGUGCGUGCUUAAAUUAGAAGAAAAUUUAUUAAUAUUGUCGGUUGGUCCAUUUAAAUUUAAUUUAUCUUGUCCGGUCUUACUCUGGUCUCCAGUGUUAAUUGGACAAUUCUGGAACGUCUGAUUUCAAUCUGUCGAAAUUCCAUCGAUGUUUUUAAUAUUUGUACUUAAAAAUAUGAUUUGGUGUAUCAUUUGCAAUUUGAUUCCUUUUGAUGCA